UUGUGUGUUGGCCACUCCCUCCGCUCUUUGCCUGACGUCAGGAGAGUGCUGAUGGGGGGGUGUCGAAUCCAGUUUUUCGGCGAACGCCGCGAGUCUAAUUUGGAGAAGCAGUGAAGAAAGAAUCGACCUUUGAGAUCGUGCAAUUUACAGUAUUGUAGCCGACCGACAGAAAAGAAAGAUGCCUUUGGGUGACGAUGGACAUUCCUGGAAGAAGAAAACAUCAGAUGUGAAAGAAAACUACGACUUCAAGGAGAUCCUGGGGACGGGGGCUUUCUCCGAGGUGGUCCUAGCAGAAGAGAAAAGGACCCAGAAACUGGUGGCCAUCAAAUGCAUCCCUAAGAAAGCCCUGGAGGGCAAAGAAAACAGCAUUGAGAACGAGAUUGCUGUCCUACACAAGUUAAAACAUGCCAACAUUGUUUCCCUGGAGGACAUAUUUGAGAGUAAAACCCACCUCUACUUGAUUAUGCAGCUGGUGUCUGGUGGGGAGCUGUUUGAUAGGAUUGUGGAGAAGGGAUUUUACACAGAGAAAGAUGCCAGCAAGCUCAUUCAGCAGAUCCUGGAUGCUGUCAAAUACCUCCAUGACAUGGGCAUCGUACACCGCGACCUGAAGCCGGAGAACCUUCUGUACGACAGUAUGGAGGAGGACUCUAAGAUCAUGAUCAGUGACUUUGGCCUGUCCAAGAUCGAGGGAUCUGGAAGUGUCAUGUCCACAGCCUGCGGAACACCAGGAUACGUGGCCCCUGAAGUGUUGGCCCAGAAACCCUACAGCAAGGCGGUGGACUGCUGGUCUAUCGGGGUCAUCGCCUACAUCCUUUUGUGUGGAUACCCUCCGUUCUAUGAUGAGAAUGACGCCAAGCUCUUUGAGCAGAUCCUGAAGGCUGACUAUGAGUUUGACUCUCCGUACUGGGACGAUAUCUCUGACUCAGCCAAAGACUUCAUAGUUCACUUGAUGGAGAAGGACCCCAGGAUACGCUACACAUGUGACCAGGCUUUGCAGCACCCCUGGAUCGCUGGUGACACAGCUCUAGAUAAGAACAUCCAUGAGUCUGUCAGUGCCCAGAUCAAGAAGAACUUUGCCAAGAGCAAGUGGAGGCAAGCGUUUAACGCCACGGCAGUGGUGCGUCACAUGAGGCGUCUGCAGCUGGGCACCAGUCAGGAGGGCCCCAGCCAGACCACCCUGCCCAGCACCCUCCGAGACCACCUACUGCUGCCCGAGGCCACAGAGACAGAGCACACCACCGAGUCUCCUUGCGAGGGAUGCUGCUCCCAGAGUGCUGAUGGGGGGGCUGAGCGCGACCCCCUCUCCAACUGCACCUACCGCUGCCAUCCAACCAGUCUGGUCUGAUCCCCGCCCAGCAAUGGCUUUCCCAUGUAUUUACCUCUGGACACCAGCGAACUCCCCAGGAGUACAGAGUUGUUCCAGUGCCCUGCCAACAGGGGGGGCAGGCGGGUUAUGAAUUCAGGUUGGGGAGGAGGGACUUGAUGCCAACAAGAGGAGGUAAUUUGAACGGAUUGGGGGAGAUGAGGAGAACAAAGAGGAGGAGAGGUGUGGUGCCCAGAGUAAUCCUGGGUAUUAUUUUUUGAGGUGCGGGACAAACUGUUUACUCGUCCUUUUAAAAUGUGUGUCUGCUUUUUACAUUUCUGCAUUUAUGUACAUGUUGUUUUCUAUCUUAAUUAUCCUUCCCCUUUGACAACUUCUAGAAAGAGAAUCCACUAAUGAUAUCUGCAUGGUCAGAAGACAGAUCCCUAUUGGAAACAUGGGUAUUAUAGCAUGAAAGGUCUAUUGCACAAUCAUGUAUGGUGGUAACCAUUGUGUUAUAGUUCCUGUACUGCAGAUACACAUCUUUAUGACGAUAAUAAGUCUAGCCCCCCAGAAUUAUAAUUGUAUGGCUUUGUUGUAUUUUAUAUUUGUAUAAAUGUAGCCUUACAAUACACAGAUGCAUUCACCUAAUACCACUGCUGGAGAAUCCAUGUGGGAAUACUCCAUCUAUUGGACUAUAUAUUUUCUUUUUUUUCUCAGCAUGUUUGUGCUUCACCACUGUAAGUUUGUGGUUGUGCUCCCCAGGCUUGUAACAGAACAAGGCUUUCUGAUUUGAACUAAUUCAGCACAGGGACUUCCUCUCUAUGCCUUUAGGACAACGUCAAAGGUUUCUUUUCUCGUAGCUUUUACAAAUUUGAAGAUACACCUAUAUCUCUGUACAGUUAAUGCAGCAUUAGAGGCAAUUUUCAUUUCUAUCAUUGUAUUGUUGUAUAUAUUUCAUUGUGGUAAUGGAAUCAGUAAAAUACAGACUUUUCUCUUCUGUCUAGAUCUCUUUCCCACUUGAGAAGUGUAAUACCUCAAGGGAGAUAGACUUACAUACACAGCCAUUCCUCUUAGUACUAAGAAUAGGCCUCCGUUAACCCACAGUUUUUACUCCUUGAUGUUUCUUAAAAGCCACACUCUUCCCUAUGGGGGGAAUAUGAUCCCGUUGAUAAAGCUGCUCAAGACUUAAUCCAUUAUAGAUAUUACUGUAAGACCAUGUAGAAUGAAAUGAGGUCCAGCCUUUCCUCAACCCAAAGCAGGGUGUGGAUGUUUUUAACUAAAGACACAUUUGUAAGUGUAGAUACUUAUCUGACCAUGUAGAUACUACUAACGUUCCCACUUUGACUACUCUUCCAUGGAUCUUACCUCCAUUCAUAUGUUGGUUGUUUUCCGAGCCAAUGUAUCUGUACAGAGAGAAUUUUAAUUAAAGAAUGUAAAUAUACA